AACUUAAUCAAGGUGAAGAAUUCUAAGUCGGUUAGGCCCACGUACCUAAGCACCCCGGCGGUCGCCCGGCGCCGCUGCAGGCCGCAGUUGUAGGUACAGGGACAAAUCCCCGGUUCUUUCUCCACCCUCCGACCGGCCGGCGGCCGCUGCAAGUUUCACCGCAGUUGGCAACUGGCAACCCCGCUCUGACCUAGGAGGAUGUCGGGUUUCGGCGAUGGGUACGUGGGGACGGCGCAGGACGCGGUGAAGAUCCGGCGGCUGGAGAAGCAGCGCGAGGCGGAGCGCCGCAAGAUCGAGGAGCUCAAGAACAAGUCCGCGGACGGGCAGCCCGGCCUCCUCCAGUUCGGCUCCAGCACCUCCGAGAUUCUUGAGACUGCAUUUAAGAAGGAAACAGUUGGUCUCGUCACCAGGGAGCAGUAUGUCGAGAAGAGGGUUAACAUUCGAACCAAGAUUGAGGAGGAAGAGAAAGAGAAACUUCAAAAGCUGCAACAAGAAGAAGAAGAAUUGCAAAUGCAGAAAAGGAAAAAGAGGAGAGUGAAGAGUGAUCCACGCUUAUCUUUCUGUGAUGACAUUGAGAAUGGAAGUGACGAAGAUGAUUUUGAGAAUCAAACCAAGAAAAAUGGCCCUGCCAAACUUGGGAAGGAUCCAACUGUGGAGACAAGUUUUCUACCUGAUAGAGAAAGGGAGGCAGAGGAACAAGCAGAACGAGAACGACUGAAGAAGCAGUGGUCGCAUGAGCAGGAAUUGAUUAAAAAUGAACCUCUUUCAAUUACUUACAGUUACUGGGAUGGGACUGGGCACAGAAGAGCAAUCCAGGUCCGUAAAGGUGACACCAUUGGAGAAUUUCUAAGGGCUGUUCAACAGCAGCUUGCCCCUGAAUUCCGUGAAGUACGGACAACUUCAGUUGAGAAUCUACUUUAUGUGAAGGAAGAUCUUAUCAUCCCUCAUCAACACAGCUUUUAUGAAUUAAUUAUCAACAAAGCAAGGGGCAAGAGUGGACCACUUUUCCAUUUUGACGUUCAUGAGGAUGUUCGUACCAUUGCCGACGCAACAAAAGAAAAGGAUGAGUCCCACGCGGGGAAAGUUGUAGAGAGGCAUUGGUAUGAGAAAAAUAAGCAUAUAUUCCCAGCCUCAAGAUGGGAGAUCUAUGACCCAACGAAGAAGUGGGAACGCUACACAAUCCAUGGGGAUUAGCAUGGAACAUCAUACAUAGAGAGUUAAAUUAUUUUGUACUUUGGAUGUCCGAAAUUACCAGCACUCAAGAAUAUGAGAAUGGCACAAGUGACGAUUUGAAUAGCAUAAAUUAUUACUGUUGUUUGCAAACAUGUCCUGCAUAGAGUACUAGGUAAAGCCUCUUUCUCA